CUCUCUCUCUCUCUCUCUUCUGAGAGGAUACUCAUUAUCUUCCCUCAAGCGUUUCACAACGGAGAAAAGCCAUGGCAGCUGCGAACCGUGUCCUUGUUUACGGAGGAAAGGGGGCUCUCGGGUCGGCCUGUGUGCAUUAUUUUAGGUCGAAAGGCUGGUGGGUUACUAGUAUUGACAUUGCAGCGAACGAAGAAGCGAACUCAAACAUCCUGGUGAAGCUCUGCGAGUCAUUCACCGAUCAAGCCGCACAGGUGACGUCGGAUGUAGCCACAUUACUGGGGGAACACAAGGUAGAUGCUGUCAUUUGUGUGGCUGGAGGAUGGGCCGGAGGAAACUGCAGCUCUAAAGACUUGUAUAAGAAUUCUGAUAUGAUGUGGAAACAGAGUGUCUGGACCUCCACAAUUUCCUGUCAUCUCGCAUCUCAGCAUCUGAAAACAGGAGGUUUGCUGACCCUCUCUGGAGCACAGGCCUCACUGGGCGGCACUCCAGGUAUGGUUGGGUACGGCAUGGCUAAAGCUGCAGUCCAUCAGUUGUGCAAGAGUCUGGCUGGUGAGGACAGUGGUCUUCCGUCUGGAGCUGUUGCUGUGGCCAUCCUUCCGGUUACCUUGGAUACACCAAUGAACAGGAAAUUCAUGCCUGAUGCAGAUUUUGGGAGCUGGACACCGCUGGAAUAUAUCGCAGAAACCUUCUACAGCUGGGCCACUGGGUCAGAGCGGCCAGCCUCAGGCAGCCUCAUACAACUGGUGACGACUGGGGGGAAAACAGAGGCUUCGCUGGCCCAAUAAAGGCUGAACAGAGGAAAUCAAUUACAGAGAAAAAUAGCGAAGGAGAGCAUUGUUUACCAAUAUACUGUGCAGCAGAGGAAAGAGUUAAAAAAAGGACAGAAAAUGAGAGAUGUGGCACUUUCAUUAAUACAGCCUUAUUGUGAAAACACAGCACAGUGGCCAAAGUAUUAACCUACAUAUUUUAUAUUGAUUCAGUCUCAUGUGCUUUACAUUACUCAAGCAGAAUAUAUUUGAUAAGUGUAAUUUCCCUGCUGAAACAACAACAACAAAAAACAGCUUAAAACAGCCAAAGUUGUUUUGCUGGUCUUCAGUUUGUCUCGUUUUGGCACAUUUUAGCUGGUCAGGCUGUGAGACCAGCUAAAGACCAACUUAGCUAGGCUAGGAGACCAGCAGCUUAAACCAGCUAAGACCAGCAAACCAGCAGGGGUGUCUUAAUAAAAGGUGUGCCGCUGUCGUUUUUAAAACGUUAAGUCCAACUUUUCAGAAGUGGCCUCAGCUUGUGUUUGUGUGAGUGUGUAUGUUUACUGGUUGAAAUGAGGUCAUGAUGCUGCUUAUUGUGUGUAGACCAUACUUGCACAAUAAAGACUAUUAAAAAUAUGA